UCUGUUUAUCUCCCUCAGCCGCCAAUCGCCAUGGCCACCGCCACUCCAAACCUUCUCCAACCUCCUAACUUUACAUGCGUCAAAUCCCUAUCCGAAUCUUCUGCUCUCACCUCCAUCCCUUCCUCCUACACCUUCACCACUGAUCCCAAUCAACUCCUCGCUUUUGAGCCACAGCACUCCAUCCCCAUCAUCGACUUCUCCUUACUCACCUCUGGUGAUGCUGAUCAACGCUCCCGAGCCAUCCAGGACCUUGACAAAGCCUGUCUGGAAUGGGGCUUCUUCAUGUUGAUCAAUCACGGUGUGCCGGAGAGUCUGAUGACGGGGAUGAUUGAGGCGUGUAGAGGGUUCUUUGAUCUGGCGGAGGAGGAGAAGCGUGAGUUUCAGGGGACCCACGUUCUGUCUCCGAUCAGGUGCGGCACAAGCUUCAAUGCUAGGGUGGACCAGAUUUUGUUCUGGAGGGAUUUUCUGAAGGUCUUCGUGCAUCCACAGUUUCACUCUCCCAGCAAACCAGCGGGCUUCAGUGAGGUUUGUCUAGAAUAUACCCAAAGAAUCAGACAAGUAGUUGGAGAAUUACUUAAAGGAAUAUCAAAGAGCUUGGGAUUGGAAGAGUGGUAUAUAGACAGGGCCAUGAAUAUGGAUUCAGGUUUACAAAUCCUCACUGCCAACCUCUAUCCACCCUGUCCUCAGCCAGAAUAUGCAAUGGGAAUGCCGCCUCAUUCAGACCACAGCUUCUUGACCAUCCUCAUACAGAAUGGGAUUGGUGGGCUUCAGGUGCAGCACAAAGGACAAUGGUUCGAUGUGAAUCCAAUCCCCAACUCCAUUUUGGUUAACACAGGCGACCAUCUUGAGGUUUUGAGCAAUGGUAAGUACAAGAGUGUUUUGCAUCGAGCGGUGGUGAACAACAAAACCACUAGGAUAUCAUUGGCUCUUUCAAAUGGACCAUCGCUAGACACAGUCGUUGAACCAGUACCAGAGCUAAGUCAUCCAUUGAAAUAUGUUGGAAUGGCAUAUAAAGAAUACUUGGAACUUCAACAAGGAAACAAACUUGAUGGGAAAACCUCCUUGGAUCGAGUCCGAAUCAGAACAAUGUGAACUUCAUCCCCAUGCCUUGCAUUUGAGAAUAUUGGUAAUAUCAAUACUCAAAUAAUUUAAAAUGUUCUUAGAACAUGGAUAAUAUGUAAAUGCUAGGAAUUGCUAAGGAACAUUUAUGCUUUUAUUUAUUGAUGUUAUGGUGGAUGUUUUUGUGUGAUUUGAGAGAAUAAUUAAUGAAAUCAUUUCUAUCUUCUA